CGAAAUGGCACGUGCAUCGAACCAAGAUAUUUCGUAGCAGCGCGUGUUGAGUCUGAUGGUGGGGUUUCUCCAACGUUGCAGCUCGACGUCCGAAUGUCAAAAGAGGCUCUCAAGGAUGGUGCGAAAGAAGGUACCGUGCCCGGAAACGUCGAUGGCGAAACCAGGACAGUGUCCACGGUGACGGACCCAUCUGGUAAGGUGACCACAACGACAACAACGAGACGGAAGGUUUCAUCGACGAAUCAGCUGUCCGAGUUUACGGACGUGCCGCUGGACGGCAAGCGUAGUGUCACCAGAAUCCGUAAGAUUGUCAAACGCACAAUCGUCCGGCAGCCUGAUGGCUCUGAGAAGGUCAUUGAGGAAAUCACUGUGGAAGGGGACCCGAAGCUCCUACCAGACUCAGGGAGCGCCAAAGGAAAAACCAGCAGCACCAGUCUCCUCAGGCCCACACGGGGAUCACAGACCAGCACGCCGACCCGGUCUCCAUCAAUACAGCCACCUCAGAUCACUGGAGGUCAUGUAAAGGCCACCGACAAGCAAUUCAGAGAGGAAUGCCUCGAGCGGCAUAACUUCUACAGGGCUAACCACGGCGUGCCUCCUCUCAAGCAUAGUGAUGAGCUCACUAAAGUUGCUCAAGACUGGGCUGAUACCUUGGCGAAGCGCGAUAGGUUCGAGCACAGACCCAACAAUACAUACGGAGAGAAUAUCUACAUGGCCUGGUCGUCGGAUCCCAACAAGGAGGUCCCGGGAGGGGACGCCGUUGACUCUUGGUACAGCGAGAUCAAAGACUAUACAUUCGGCGUAGAACCCCGCACCCUCGCAUCUGGUCAUUUCACUCAGGUCAUGUGGAAGGGCAGCACAGAAGUGGGCACCGCUCGAGCUCGGAGCGCCACGGGGAAGAUUCUCGUCGUUUCCAACUACAGUCCAGCCGGGAACGUUGUUGGACACUUCGCCGAAAACGUUCCACCCCCGCGAAAGUGAUACGAGCUCCAUUGCCUCAUGAGCAAAAAAUUAUCCGGGUUUACGCGCGAUGUUCUACAGCUUUUUCUUGAUAUAUUGAUUUUUAUACAUCAAAUUUUUUAGCAGCGCAAGAUUACUCGCACCAUUCCUUGACACGCUGGCAUGCGCGGGAGCACCCAAUUAUGGACAAUAUUUGCAAUAUAUGUUGGCCAGCACACCGUAAUGUUGUCGGCGCAUAGUUGGAAUGAGGCUAAUAUUCCAGAGUCUAUAUACGUGGCCUUUAGCGAUAUAUCGCUUUGGCAGUACGUGUUGCAUUCCGCAUUAGUUUCAUUAUUAUAUAGUUUUAUGCAGACAAACAAAUUAAACGAAGUUAUUGAGUCA